UCUAUUUUCUUUUUCGAUAUUUAAUUUCACUUAAAUCAUUUUUUAUCUAGAACUUUAUUUAAAUAAUAUAAGAAUUUAUAUUGAUAUAGCGAAGAAACAUAUUAUAAGUUUAUUAUUAAGAAUAGUAAUAAUCUUUUAAAAUAAUGGAAUCUCGGACAGAAUUCAAAAUAAAAUCUCCUCCAACUGAUGCGAUUUCGGCAGUAGAAUUUGGGCGGAAUUCAACACAAUUUCUUCUUGUUUCUUCAUGGGAUAGUACAGUGCGCUUGUAUGAUAUUCAUACAAAUACUAUGAGAUUAAAAUAUAAUCAUGAUUUACCGGUUUUAGAUGUUGCAUUUCAGGAUGCUGUACAUGCUUAUAGUGGAGGUUUAGGAAAUACAUUAAAGAUGUAUGACAUAAAUAGUAACACUGAAUCAGUCAUGGGAACACAUGAUAAACCAAUUAGGAAAAUUGAAUAUUCUGCUGCAGUCAAUGCAAUAUUAACUGGAGGAUGGGAUGCAGCAGUAAAACUUUGGGAUCCUAGAACACCUACUUGUGUAGGUAGUUAUUUACAACCUGAUGUUGUUCUUGCUUUGUCUGUAUGUGGAGAUAAGUUUGUAGUUGGUACAGCUAAACGCAAAGUUUGUAUUUGGGAUUUGAGAAAUAUGGCUGGUAUGUUUCAAAGACGUGAAAGCAGUUUAAAGUAUCAAACACGUUGUAUUAAAGGUUUUCCUAAUGAGCAGGGAUAUGUUCUUAGUAGUAUAGAGGGUCGUGUUGCUGUUGAAUAUCUUGAUACAACACCAGAAGCACAAAAAAAGAAAUAUGCUUUUAAAUGUCAUAGGAUAAAAGAAAAUAAUGUGGAACAUAUAUAUCCAGUGAAUGCUAUUAGUUUUCAUUCAACUUAUAAUACAUUUGCAACUGGUGGUUCAGAUGGUUAUGUAAAUAUUUGGGAUGGUUUUAACAAAAAGCGUUUAUGUCAAUUUCAUAGAUACAAUGCUGGUGUUGCUGCUCUUAGUUUCAGUCAUGAUGGUUCUGUACUUGCUAUAGGAGUAUCAUAUUUGAAUGAAGCUGAAAUCCCACCAGGUGGAAAUGAUGAAAGAGAAAUUUAUAUAAGAUACGUGAAUGACCAAGAAACUAAACCUAAAUAAUAUUGUACAAAGUUUUUUAUAUAUAAAAAAAAAAAGAAGUAAAAAUUUUUUAACUAUACUUUGCUUUAUCAAAACAGUAAAAACUGAAUGCUAAAAUCUUUUCACAAAAAUUAAUAAUCAUUUAUAACAUAUAUAAUAACAAUAUUUUCUGUCUCUUUUACAUUUUUAUAUCUUAAAUAAUUGAUGACCAUAUAAAUUCUAGAAGUAAAGUAAUUUCUGUUCAAAAUUAUUAGACUAGUCAAUUUUAAUAAAUUAACUUUUUGUAAAGAAUAUUAUUUUUAUUUAAGGUAAUAGAUUUAUUGAACAAUAUACUACAUAUUAAAUAUUUAUAGAUUUUAUUGUCUAUUUCAUCAUCAGUUAUAUUAUUAUUACUUGUAAUAUUAAUUGUAUUUUAUCAUUUAUUUUUAAAUAUAAAAGUGUGUAUAUAUAUUUAAUAUUUAAAACACGUAAAAUUUAUGUAAAAAAUUAGAUAUUUGAGAAAAUAUUUUAUUCUAAUUAAAAUAUAUUUGAAUAAAAAUUUACAGUAUAUGAAAUAUUAAUUCAAAUGUAUACAAUAUUAAAAUAAUUUGGACCAUUAUAAACUUAUAAAAUAAUUAUAGAUCAUUUUAUAAAAAAAAAAGAUUAGAUAUGAAUAAUUUUUAUAAUAAUUUGUUUCAGUAUAAGUAAUUGUGCUAAUUAUUAAUAUUGCACAUUUAUAUUUAUAAAAUUAUUGUCAGAACUUAAUUAUUAUUGUUAAAAUAAUGCGUUAUUCCAUACAAAAUUUAAUGACUAUUUAGUCAAUAAUAUAAAACAACUACUAUUCUGUUACUAUCACAUUAACAAUUGUAGAUAUUAUAUCUGUAUAUCUGUAAUUUAAUGUGUAAAAAUGUAGAUGUUUUUUAAAAUUGUUUUUGUGAUUAUUGAAAUUCACGAAAAAAAAUACUUUGUUUAUCAAUGAUUAAAAAACAUUUUGUGAGGGCAGUUGCAUUGUUAUCCAUAAUAUCCACAUUACAAAUAAACUAAAUGUUAAUAUUUGCGCAAUAUAGUUUUGCUUUUUAGUGAUUUAUAUAUACUUAUAUGACAUGCAUUUUUAGUAAUUUAACAAUUUUUAUAACAUUUUGAUUAACAAUAUGUACAUCAACAAUUUGUACUAUUUUCUAUUUUUUUAAAAAUAUGUCCUUUGAAAACUAUAAUAUUUAUUAAAUCAUUACUACAUUACAUGAAUCUAUUAAUUAUAUGAUCAUAAAUUUUAUAUUGAUGAGUAUUUGAUAAAUUUCUGUACAAAUUUUGCUAGUAUAUAACUGUUGUUAGUAGCAGAACAAUGAUAAAGUUUGUAUGCAAUUCUUAUCAAACAUUCUAUAUUUCAAAGGACUUUUUAGCAGAUGAAAAUAUAUUUACUGCUUUUCUAAUGAGAUAUAAUUAGACAUUUCUUAUUAGUUUUUCUAAUUGCCUAUAUCAUUUUUAUGUUUUUAAUGAAGUAUUUUGGCAAAUAAUAAUUUUUCUUAAUGUAUCGCGGAUCGUAUCAUGUGUUGCAAAACUAAUUCCUACAGCAAUUGGACCUUUUAUCCAGUUCAUACUUAGUCCUUUAUAAAAAGCCAUUAUACCUUCUUCUCUGAAAAUAAUAAAAAAUCAUAUAAAACAUUUUUAUUUUACAUUGAAAUUGUAAUAGAAAAAAGCAUUUAAAAAUUAUUUUUUUUAUUUUGUAUAUUUUAAAUUAUUUAAAUAUUAUAUUUUAAAAUUUAAAUGCAAUGUAAAGAAUGUAAUUAUAUGUUAUAAAUUGUAUUAGAAUUACAUUAAAUUCAAUAUUAAUAAUUUUUACUCAAAUUAAGAAAUAAAAAACUCACUUGUAAAUUUUUGUAAUAGUUGAUCUGAUUGUGUGAUAGUGUUGACCAUGCAUCGCCGAAGUCUGCAUCCUUCUCCGAAUAAUGUCCAAAGGGUAGCUGCUAGUCUGAGCAACCAUUCCGGCAAUGGCGCCGCAAAUCAGUGAUGUCGAGAAGCCAGGAAUAGCCACCGUGUACACUGUUCAUCGACACGUAGCCAUCAUCGAACAUGAAGCACGUACUUGAAAAACACAGCCAUCGGACUUGUCUCGACAAGCGUCGCUAUUAAAGUAAGUAUUGUCCCAAUAUCGGGAAACAGCCCCGAUGUGCCCCACGGGUACCCUGCUUUAUAUACGAGCCACUCUCGUUCGUAUAAAUCACGACUUUUUCUCUGCGUACAAGCACCGUCACGGCGUAGAAUAAAUUUGUAAAAGAAGUGACUCACCAGUCAAUAAAUUCCUGAGUAGAUCAUAGGUGAAGAAACUGCAACCAGCAUAAGGAAUGACACCAAGUAGCGUUGCAGUAAAUCCACGGUAAUAGGCCGCUAUUCCUUCUUCCAUAUAAAUGCGUACAAAUAUUUGUCGUAAGGUUUUGUAUUUAGUCUUUUGUGUCACAGCCAUUCUCGCUCUCAUCAAGUCCAGGGGAUAAGUUGUACCUUGCGACGUUAUACCCGCUAAAGAACCGGCAAGAAAAUUCAAUCCUGGUUUUUCUCUAUCAAAGAGAAUAAAUAAUUUUUUAUAAUUAUCAUAAAUAAUUAAAUAAAUAUUAUAUAAUCGCAUUGCAAAUAUAUUAGAAGAUUUAUAAAUUAGUUUAAAAUAUUAAUUUGAUACAAUAUGUGAAAAAAGACAUUUCUCAUAUUGAAAAAUAUAAUAUUAAGUACAUAUGAUUAUUAUAAUGUAAAAAAAUUUAAUAAAUAUUUCAUAUGUUGUAUGUAA